CGAUUGCUUGUCGUCGCGAGCAUUUCAUCAUCGAACGACUACUGCAGACGAUCUUCUUAAGCUCUUCAGGAAACCUAAACUCCUUUUGCUACGAAUCCGAUCACUGGAAUGUGUUAAUGGUGUUCCGAUUGAUUUUGUCGAACUACAGUCGCAAGAUGGAGGGAGGAGAGCUGACGAGGGGAGAGGUGUUGUCCUUACUGGUUCGACUGGCAUUUGCAACAGCAGCUUCAUACUUCACUGUGAAGCUCCUUGUCUCUGCUAUGGAUCCGACGUCCAAGCAGAAAAAGGAUGCGAAGCGAAAGGCUCAAGAAGUACUGCAAAGACUUGGAAUCAAAGAAAGAGUAUCUUUAAGUGAAUAUGAAAUGAUGAUUGCCAGUCAGCUUGUUGAGCCUUCCCGCAUGACUACCUCAUGGAGUGAUGUAGCUGGUCUGUCUUCAGUUAUACGUGAACUGCGUGAAACAGUCAUUCUCCCUAUUCAGCAGCGUAAUCGACUUCAGUCAUCUAAGUUAAUUCAACCACCUAAAGGAGUGUUAUUGCAUGGUCCUCCAGGUUGUGGUAAAACUCUUCUUGCUAGGGCAGUUGCAAAAGAGGCUGGGGCUCGGUUUAUUAACCUUGAUGUUUCAGCACUAACUGAUAAAUGGUAUGGAGAAUCUCAGAAGUUAUCUUCAGCUGUAUUCUCCUUGGCGUGCAAAAUUCAACCAUGCAUUGUCUUUAUUGACGAAAUAGAUUCUUUCCUGAGAGUCCGAGCUUCAGGUGAUCACGAGGCAACAGCUAUGAUGAAGGCACAGUUUUUGCAGCAGUGGGAUGGUCUUGCCACUGAUCAUAGCCGGUGUGUCAUUGUUAUGGGAGCCACAAACCGUCCUCAGGAUGUGGAUCGUGCAAUUCUCAGACGUAUGCCUGCUGCCUUUCAUGUUCCUUUGCCAGGUUUGGCGCAGCGAGAAGAUAUCUUGCGGUUAGUGUUACGUGAUGAAAAUAUAUCGCCAGAUAUAGAUCUAGUGGCCUUGGCAAGACAGACAGAGAGUUUCUCUGGCUCAGACUUGAUGGAAUUGUGCAGGACUGCUGCCGUCUACAGACUGCGUCAUUUGUUAGAUAACGAGCCAUCGGGUGAACUAAGUGAAAUGAUGAACAGUAUUGACAAAUCGGAGGAAUCUCUUCAGCCUAUAUCAUUAAUGGACUUUAAGCAAGCCUUAGCAAAAAUGAGAGAAUCAAGAGUUUACAAUAGACAAGUGGAUGCCCUCUUGAAAAUGGAUUUAGACUGACUCUGAGGGAACCAUGAAUUGUUUUUAAGUGCUUAAAAUAAUUACAGGUAGUUAUUACACUGUGCUUUUGAUGCUUCCAGUCUGUUGAAUUUUUAAACAAACUUCAAAAGUUUGCUGUUACAUUAUAUAUAAAGUAUAUCACACAAGAUUAUAGCAUUUAUAUUACUACUAUACUUUAAAAUGAUAAUAUUGAUGCCGGAAGUUGAGACAAAACUAGCAUUAAGGAGAUAAUUACUCUGUCAAAAAUAAUGAAAAGGUAUAUGAAUAUUGUUUUUAACAGAUGUCUUUUACAGUUAGAAACCUGUCUAUCUUCAUAGUUAAAUAGUUCAGUUAGCAUACUCCUGUAUUAAGUACUUCUGUAAUACCUACUGUUAUGCAUAGUUUACAGUUAAGAGGGAAACUACUUCCAGAUUUUCAAGGCUCUCCGAGACAUGGCCUUUGUUCCUUUAUAUAAGUUUGAAUAUAUGAUGGUUUGUUACUGAAAAUUGUUGGUAACAAUAAGCACAUUAUGUUGUCAACGAAUAAUGUGCCGUUAACAUACAGCUUGUGUGGUAAAUCAGGCCUAGCUAUAGAAAUAUGUAUAUGUUUACUGGAACUGUUUGCUCAGAUUUCAGGCUUAAUCAUUUCAGAUGUAUAAUCUAAAUGUUGAACGUGUAAAUACAUGAAAUAUAUAAAUUUGGAUAAACAUUAAAAAAUACUUAAAACACUAGAUGAUUAUUGAUAGAAAUUUGUGAAACUUUAUAUAUUUUUAUUAUUGAUAUUUGACAAAAUGUUUUAGUUUGGAUGAACCAAACUUUCCUGUGUGGAAUGUAUGGGAAAUUGGUGUACAUAUAUUAAGAAAAUAUAAGUAGGUAAUCUGUUAGUGCACAAAGAAUUUCAAAAAGCAUUAGUAAGGUCACCCUCUUACCUUGGCAGAAACUGAAUCUUUGGGUAAAUUAGCACUGUUACUUUUCAGAGGCUGCAACCUUAAUAUGAAAACUCCUAAAUGCAGUGGUUUACUCAUACUUUUUUCUAUCUUUCAUUUAAUCAUUACAGUAACUACUUUUUAAUAAUAUGGCUUAGGAUAUACUGUGGUAGCCCUAUGAGCUCACUUAAGUGCCUUUAGUUUUUGUGUAUCUGUAUGGAAAACAAACCUCUUAUUGUAUGUAUUUAGUACAGUCUUGCAUGUUUUGUGCUGAAGUACUACACUAAAGGUAAAACAAAAUAUCCUUGUUUUUUUAGGUGGUUUGAUAAAGAUUAACAAAAGUUUGUACUGUUUAUGAUUGUAAUCUCUGUGUUAAGAAGUUAAACAUGUAGAAACCACAAGGAGUGUGCAAAUCACAAAAUUUGGUAGAAACCACAAGUGAGAUUAACUUGAAAUGGAAACUAAAUUUUUUAUGUACCUAAGGUCUUCAUUUAAGGAAUUGCUGAAGUCUGAAUGAUUCUUAGGAAAGUUUGUGAAGCAGUGACUUAAAAAACGGCAAAAAGUCGUUCCCUUUUCAUGCUUAAUAUGAAAGUUCUAAUUUUUAAUCCAUUUUCAUCUUUGUAUGCUGGGUUGUAUAAGUUUCACCAUAUAAUUUUUAAUCCAUUUUUGUCUUUGUAUGCUGGGUUGUAGCAGUUUCACCCAUUGUCUUCAAGUAUUUUCUGCUGUGCUAUAAAUCUGGAAUUUACUGAACAUCCAUUGAAAUGUUUUAACCUGGUGUGAAUUGUGUGGAACUAACUACGUGAUAUGAAAGUAUGGUAGAAAAAAUUUGUGAACUUUAUUUUCAGCUUUGAAUGAAUUGAUUGCAUGCUAGUGUCUUUAAUCUUGUGAGUACCAUUAAGUUGUAUUUAUUGCUGCAUUACAGUUCAUUACUAAGUGAGAAGUGAAACUGAUAAUCCUAUUUUGAAUGAAAUUAGUUAUAAGACAUGAUACUGCUUUAGACAGUACAAAGACAACUUCAUAGCUUUUGGUAUACUUGUUCUUGUUGUAAAAGGUUUCACCUAACUAUCAUGAAUAUAAUUACAUAUGCAAGAAAUGCUGGUAUUAGUUGUGUGCUGUACAGUAAUUUUGAAAGAAAUCACUUUUAUUUGCAUCUAGACUCCUACCCUGUUUUAAAAUGUACAUUCCUUUAGAGUGUGUGCUCAAUUAUUGUUACUGUAAAUUACACAUUGUAUUUGUA